AGGGGUGUUUUAGAGGUACCACCCAAAAGAAUUCAACGAAGGAUUCAACGAAGGAGAUGCUAAGGAGAAAAGUUUCCUGCCUUGUAGAGAAACGGAAGGGUUUAUGAGCGGAGUAAAAGAGUUUGGUUUGUAUCAUCAAACUUAUUUUAUAAAUCGUCACUUUCUCUUAGUCAGAAGGAAUCUAUGGAGAGCGAUUCAGAGAUGGUGCCAUUUCCGUUGCUCAUGACGCCGAUCGAAUCCAACUACAGGGCUUGCACAAUCCCCUACCGUUUCCGGUCCGACAACCCUCACAAGGCCACUCCGACGGAGAUUGCCUGGAUCGAUCUCUUCCUCAAUUCCAUCCCCUCCUUCAAAAAACGAGCUGAGAGUGAUCCUACCGUUCCAGAUGCUCCUAGUAAAGCUGAAAAUUUUGCUCAGAGGUAUAUGGAGAUACUGGAGGACAUGAAGAAUGACCCUGAAAGCCAUGGUGGGCCACCUGAUUGUGUUCUUCUCUGCCGCCUUCGUGAGCAAGUUCUUAGAGAACUGGGAUUUAGAGAUAUAUUCAAGAAAGUGAAAGAUGAUGAGAAUGAAAAGGCCAUAUCCUUAUUUGGUCAUGUGGUUCGUCUUAAUGAUGCAAUUGACGAUGAGGGGAAGCGUGUGGAGAAUCUGGUUAGGGGGAUAUUUGCUGGAAACAUAUUUGACCUUGGUUCUGCACAGCUUGCGGAGGUUUUUUCAAGGGAUGGAAUGUCCUUUUUAGCUAGUUGCCAAAAUCUUGUCCCUCGACCUUGGGUAAUUGAUGACUUGGAUACCUUCAAAAUAAAAUGGAGCAAGAAUCCAUGGAAAAAGGCAGUCAUUUUUGUUGAUAAUUCUGGUGCAGAUAUAAUUUUGGGUAUUUUACCAUUUGCAAGGGAGUUGCUCCAACGUGGGACCCAGGUUGUGUUGGCUGCAAAUGAGUUGCCUUCUAUCAAUGAUGUAACUUAUCCUGAACUGGUUGAGAUUAUCUCAAAGUUGAAAGAUGAACAUGGAAAUCUCUUGGGGGUGGACAUGUCAAAUCUUUUUAUAGCCAAUUCUGGUAAUGAUAUGCCGGUUAUUGAUCUUACAAGAGUGUCACAAGAGCUCGUCUACCUAUCAGGUGAUGCUGACCUGGUUAUUUUGGAGGGCAUGGGACGUGGAAUAGAGACCAAUUUUUAUGCGCAGUUUAAGUGUGAUUCCCUCAAGAUUGGGAUGGUAAAGCAUCCAGAGGUUGCCCAGUUCCUUGGAGGACGGUUAUACGACUGUGUAUUCAAGUACAAUGAGGUUAUCAGUUAAUUGAUAAUCAUUCGAUACACAUAGUAUUAGGUCAUAGUGCCAGAAACUUGUGUUUGUGACUCUCAAAAAGCUUCAUAUGUUACUCAAUAAUCAAGUUUGAAAAACUUGGUUUGAUCAUUCAGUACACAGUAUAUCUGUUUGUGACCUUCAAUAAGCUCCACUUUACUCAACAAUCAAAGCUUGAAAACUUUACAUGCAUUGUGUUUUUAGUUUUUACUCCAUGAAUGUCAACCAGGAUGCUUAUUGAAAUUUUGA